AUGGCGCCAAUUGACCACUGCCACCCAACGGCUUUUUGUCUUCUCUUUCUUCUAUUCUUCUUCGUGUUCUACCAGAUGUUCAACCAGUACAUCUUCUCUGCGUCUCCAUGUCCACCCACACUAUUUCCUCGUCUUCAGCUCCGUAUCUGUUUAGUUGUCACCCUAUCUCUUUUCUUCCUCCAGCUUCUUCUUCUUCUGGUUGCUCAUUUCUAA